AUGGCAGACAUCGACUUGAUCAAGAGUCGCCUCACAUCUCAUCCAGACUUCCCAAAGAAGGGAAUCGUUUUUCUGGAUAUCUUCCCCAUUCUACGAGACCCGUUGGCAUUUGAGACGCUCAUCACGCACCUCAUACACCACAUCACGUCGACGACACUACCCAAGUCCCCCACAGGCAAGAUCGACGUCGUCGUGGGCCUCGAUGCGCGUGGUUUCCUCCUCGGUCCAAUCAUCGCGCUCAGGCUAGGCGCCGCUUUCGCUCCUGUACGAAAAAAGGGAAAACUUCCGGGCCAAAAGGAAUAUGGCACUGAUUCUUUCGAGAUGCAAGCAGACUCUGUCAAGCCUGGUCAGACGGUGAUUGUAGUGGAUGAUUUGAUUGCUACAGGCGGAUCUGCCAGAGCAGCGGGCCAGCUGAUCUCUGACCUUGGUGGAAAAACCAUCGAGUAUCUGUUCAUCAUAGAGUUGCUGUUCCUAAAGGCAGCAUCCACGCUAGACGCACCCAUUUAUUCCAUUGUUCAAUCUGACGACUAG